GCUAAUUGACGUUGGCCGUCAGAAAAUCACCUCGAAUUACAUAAGUAAAACCUUUUACUGGCCUUCAGUAUAAGACUCCCUGGCGUGAAAUGCGGCCAUGUGAUCGAUUUAGCAGCCACAAAUGAGAAAAUGCUUGCUCUGAGAUCCCUCAAGUAUCAAAGACUUCCAAUUAUUUUGGCGCAAAAUGGCGCAAACAGUUGCCGAAGUGUAUAUGGUUUCUCUUGCAGACAAGCCCUAGGAAUUCCUGCAAGAAAUGGUCUGUAUAGCGAUGGAUUCAGAGCCUAUUGCAAUCCUUUUACUUAUGUAAUUGGCAAAGCAAAGUGUUACUCGAGGUUUUCUAGUCUGAAUUGCAGAGGCGUUUUAAAUUUUGCCCCGAGGUAUAGUUCAAGGAAACGUUGGUUCUGCAACCGAAAAGAGUUACAAAAAGAAAACAAAGUUGGAGAUAAAAUCAAAAAGGAGGAUUCUAGAACUGAUGUCUACCGAUUGCUUAAUUUGGCAAAACCAGAACGAUGGAGAAUUGCAGCUGCCAUAGGAUUGUUGUUGGUAUCUUCAUCUGUGACAAUGGCAGUUCCUUUCUCUAUUGGGAAGAUCAUUGAUAUUAUUUACACUGCAAGUGAAGAUCCUGAAAGAAUGAUGAAUCUCCUGAAAACAAUAUGUCAAGUCCUUUGUGGUGUAUUUCUACUGGGAGGAGCUGCAAACUUUGGAAGAGUGUAUCUAAUUCAAGUCUCAGGUCAAAGAAUUGUCAAGCAGCUUCGUCAAAAUCUGUUCUCCUCUAUUUUGAGACAAGAGACUGCAUUUUUUGAUCGUACCAAGACUGGGGAGCUGGUCAACCGCCUGUCUGCUGACACCAUUCUUGUUGGCAAAGCAGUCACUGAUAAUGUCUCAGAUGGCCUCCGUGCUGUGGCACAAGUUACUGCUGGUGUAUCCAUGAUGGCUUAUGUAUCACCAAAGCUGACUGGGAUAGUCUUGUUGAUCGUGCCUCCUGUUGCUGUGGGUGCUGUGGUGUAUGGCAGAUUUCUAAGGUCAAUUACCAAAAGAACACAAGACUCUCUUGCAGAUGCAACCCAGGUUGCAGAAGAGCGAAUUUCUAAUAUUCAUGUGGUCAGAGCAUUUGGUCAAGAAAACAGAGAAAUUAAAUCCUACACAGAUCGAGUCGAGUAUGUUCUGCAGCUGGCAAAGAGAGAAGCACUCGCUAGAGCUGUGUUUUUUGGUUUUACGGGUUUGUCAGGUAACUUGAUAGUGCUGUCAGUGCUGUACAGCGGUGGAAUGAUGAUGACCAGUGCACAGAUCUCAGUUGGUGAACUCACCUCCUUCAUGCUCUACACCGGUUUUGUGGGUGUCUCCAUUGCAGGUCUCAGCUCCUUCUACUCCGAGCUGAUGAAGGGGAUCGGAGCCAGCAGUCGUGUGUGGCAGCUGAGUGACAGAAAACCCGCCAUGUCUUUUACAGGAGGUCUCCAGCCUUCUAUUGAUGUGCUGGCUCGGGGCAUCCAGUUCAAAAACGUGAACUUUACUUACCCCUCCAGGCCCAAUGCAAGGAUAUUCGCUGACCUGAGUCUGGACAUGCGUGCGGGCUCAGUCACGGCAGUGGUCGGGCCGAGUGGGUCUGGGAAGAGUACGUUAGGGGCGCUCCUUCUAAGGCUCUAUGACCCUGAAAGUGGCUCUGUCUUCGUGGGGGGUCACGACGUCAAAUCGCUGUCUCUUGAUUGGCUGAGAGGGGCUGUCGGCGCAGUCCAUCAAGAUCCCAUUCUUUUCUCUUGCUCGAUUGCGGAGAAUAUCGCGUACGGGGCCGCGUCAAGUGAGGUCAGCAUGGACGCGAUAAAGGACGCGGCACGACAGGCGAACGCGGCGAACUUUAUCGAGUCCUUUCCCAACGGUUACGACACGAUCGUUGGGGAGAGGGGGCAAAUGCUGUCAGGUGGACAAAGGCAGCGUAUUGCCAUCGCAAGAGCCAUAUUGAAGAAUCCAAAAAUACUUCUUCUUGAUGAAGCUACAAGUGCGUUGGACUCGGAGAGCGAGCACCUGGUGCAAGAGGCGUUGGAGCGACUGAUGAAAGGGCGCACUGUAAUCACCAUCGCACAUCGCCUCUCCACCAUCAAGAACGCAGACAACAUCGUGGUACUGGACGGUGGGUCUAUCGUGGAGAGCGGCUCCUAUAGCCAGCUGAUGGAAGAACCUGACGGGCUGUUCCGAAAACUGGUUGAAAGACAAACGAUAUCGUCCGAGUAAAGACAGACGAUAUUAUCCGAGUUAGACAGACGAUCUUAUCUGAGUAGGACAGACUAUAGCAUCCGUCAUCAGAAAAACGAAAAGGCGGUUAUUACCCGGGUUAGAUAGACGAUAUUGUCCGAUUUAAGACAGACGAUAUUGUCUGAGUUAAGACAAAUAUCAUCCGACAUUAUUUAAGUAAAGACAGGCGAUAGUAUCCGUCAUCCGAUAUUAUCCAAGUUAAGACAGACGAUAUUAUCGGUCAUCCGAGUAAAAAGUGAUCGAUUAUCGUAUGAAGACAGACAAUGGCACCCGUUUUUCGGUAUUACCGAGUUAAAAAAGACGAUACCAUCUGAGAAAGAGAGACAAUAAAUGAUGUUUUCCUAGCUAAGACAAACGAUCUUAUCUGAGAUAGGCAGACGAUAUUUUUUUUUGUAAAAAAAGAAACGAUGUUAUCCGAGAAAGACAUACGAUAUUAUCUGUGGAAGACGGACGAAGUAAUCCGAGUUAAGGCAGACGAUAUUAUCUAAGAAAGACAGACGAAGUCAUCCGAUAAUGACAUGAUAAUGAUUAUCUGAAAAAGACAAACGAUAUUAAUGUGAAAUAAGAACGAUAUUUCUGGGUAAAAACAGACGAUAUAGUCUCGAUAAAAAUACAGACAAAAUACAAGUACAGACGACUUCAAAUAAUCUAAAGAGAGAUUUACAAUCGUCUUAUGAAUUUUUAUUUUUUUACGGUGCAGGGGAAUGGGUAUGAACUUUUAGAAAACCGCUACUGAUUAAACUAAAUCAGGGUUGAAAGAUGCAUCAUAAUAAUAGAUUUGAUCAACUACUAAUGUUAUAUUGUAAUUGGAAACGGCUUGAUAGUGGAAGAUAAAAAAAACUUCGACCAAAA